AUGGUUUCAGCACUGCCUGUAUUCUUGCAGCAUCUCAAUCAGCAGCAGAGCUUCAAUCAGCAGCAUCUCAAUCAGCAGCAUCUCAAUCAGCAGCACUUCAAUCAGCAGCAUCUCAAUCAGCAGCAUUUCAAUCAGCAGUAUCUCAAUCAGCAGCAUCUCAAUCAGCAGCAUCUUAAUCAGCAGCAUCUCAAUCAGCAGCACUCUGAUCAGCAGCAGAGCUUCAAGCAGCAGCAGAGCUCUGAGCAGCAGAGCUUUGAGCAGCAGCACUUCAAUCAGCAGCACUCUGAUCAGCAGCAUCUCAAUCAGCAGUACUCUGAUCAGCAGCAGAGCUCUGAGCAGCAGCAGAGCUUUGAGCAGUAG